CAUACAAAAAGUGUAUCAUAAAUUAAGUAAAAGUUUGUUUAAUGUUUACGACGAAGUGAGACAACAUAAAAACUCUACAUAUUUAAACGUAGUUUGGCAGGCUGUCUCUGCUCAUAACGGGGUUUACGUUGAAGGCGGAGUUGUUCUGCUCGAAGUUGUCAGAGUUUUGCUCUGAGGAGAAGAAAAGUGUGUUUUAAACGUCAAAGUGGUGGAGGAAAGGUAAAUCAUUUAAUCCGGCAUAACGGUUACACUAUUUACGAGUAGCCUACGGGCUACUAUGCAAAGUAACAACGCCAGCUCUGACGCGUUACAUAUUUGCCUCUCACUGAACCCUUCAAUGUUACUGUCAGUAAAAACGCUGGGUUGGCAAAUAUGACGGAUGUUUUUAUCACGAGUUUUCACGAAACAGAAAAGAACAGGUUGUCCACACGAACUGCUGCUCUAAUCUCUGCUAAAUCUGGUGGGAAACGUAGAAAAAAAAUUGUUAAUGUGUUCAUGUUUAUUGUUCGUAGUAGGUACUAAGAAAAGUUAUAAUCCAUGUCCUGACUUCAUUUAGGCUAACAGUGUAGAAAAAUUGUGGAGUGGCAGACAGUUUGCAUGGGCUAUGAUCGGAUUGGUAGGAUGUUUUUCAUUUCAACUGUGAACAAUCUCAUGACUUUUUUUCCUUCACAAAGUAGCCCUUGGAUUGAAUUUCCUUUUGACUGAGAAGGUUUGCUUUCUCAAUAACAUGUUGCAAAACUUAAAAAAGGAGAAGUAAACUCAGAUUGUCUAACAUAUGGAGAAAUUUGCAAAAGUGGAAGAUGGUAAAAACAGUUUCUGGCUGUCAGUGUCUUGACUCACAUUAGUCUGCAAUUUAUACAACAAUAUUUGGCUUUGCUAUUAUCGAGUGGCACAGACAACCGGAGGAGUUUCCUGAAAUAACAGAGGAACAUUUUGUUAAUCGCAAUUUAUAAAGUUAGUACAGAGAAACCGCUGUGUAAUCCUAAUCUACAGCAUCUGAUAUACAUUUGAAUCCAUUCUGACAUUCUUCCCUCUGAGGUGAGCUGCUGAGGUGGGGCUUUUGGUCCACUCCUUUUGUUAAGCCUGCAGUCAUGGCUCAGUACCUGGGCUACUUCACCACCGUGGGCGAUGCGCAGCCGGUCCAGUGGGAGGAUGAAGAGCUGCACGUGAACAGUGAGGAGCUGAGUCCGGCCACUGGCCAGUUUCCAACAACACUGACCUUCAAGGAUUCACUGCAGAGGCUCUAUGGCUCAGAGCGGUUCCAGGUGUUGGUGGUGUGUCUGGUAAUCCUGGAUGCCAUCUUUGUUCUUGCGGAGCUGCUUAUAGAUCUGUCUGUGAUCCAGUUGGAACAUGGCCACCUUGCUCCUGAGGUGUUCCACUACCUGAGCUUGGCUCUUCUCACAUUCUUCAUGGUGGAGCUGGUUGGUAAGCUGUACGCUUAUCGCCUGGAGUUCUUUCAACACAAGUUUGAGGUGUUUGAUGGCGCGGUGGUGGUGGUUUCCUUCGUGUUGGACAUUGUGUUCAUCUUCCAUGAGGACGCCUUUGAUGGGAUGGGUCUCCUCAUCCUGCUGCGACUCUGGAGGGUGGCCAGAAUCAUCAAUGGUAUCUUGGUGUCAGUGAAAACCCGUGCAGACCAGAGGAUUCACAAGCUUAAGGAGAGCUAUGACCACCUCGUUCAAAGAGUCACAGAGCUACAAGAGCACAGUGAUAAACUGGAACAAGAGAACCAGAAACUGCAAGCCCUCCUGAAGAAGAACAGCAUAGUCUUCUGACUUAUCGAGCUAACUCUUUGGAGCACGUACUUCUCGGCACUAUCAUACUAUAUACACUCCAUGAACUUUUAUUUUAGACCCAAUUUCAGUAUUCCUACUACUUGUUGAUUAAUCCUUAACUGUUAUAUUACUUGAAGCGAAACCAUCUUUUUAAAUUUCUGUAUCAGUGGAUCCAUAUCCAGUUUUCUCGUCAUUAUAGUGAUGGAAACCAGUUAAAGGCCUGCAUACUGUAUGUCUAAUAAAUGUCAGAUAGUCCGAUGCUACUGGAUGUCACUCCAUAAAGCUCCAAAGCCAUGGCCUUAAUUUAAUAGUAAAUAUUUGAAACAUCAGUGUGAGGACUUGUACAUAAAACUAAAUGUACAUCAAGUGAUGUUUCAAAGUGUAUGUAUGUUGUGUAAAAAAAACCAUGUCAAUAAAUGAAGUCAUUUCAUUGAUCAAAAACAUUUGUUAAAGUUUUUUAUAUUUACAUUAUUAACACAAUAUAC